GGGGGCUGGGGUGUGACCGUGUCCUCCUGUCCUGGUGGGCCCAGCUGUGCCAGGUUCAGGGACGUCCCUGCCUGAAACGCAGCCGAGGCCCCUGGCAGUUAGGGUUGGCAGUGGUCCACAGGGACCCCAGGCUGGGAUCCAGGCUCUGGCCCUGCUUGGGGUCCCAAAGGGCAGGGGAACUCCCCUACAGAGAGCCCAGCAGGACGGGGUGGGAGGCUCUGACAUCAUCCAGACCCAGUUCAACCCCUUGCAAACCAUGACCUUGAACCAGGACACCUCGGGGCGCUGGGUUUUCUCAUCCCCAAAAUGGGGGCCUUCCAGGGCUUCCGUCCCUAACGGACAUGGUGCUUGCUGCGUACCCGCCUUUACUGUCAUCUUGGCCUGAGCACAGAGAGGUUUCUGCAAACGUGUGAAUGAGCCGGAUGUCAACUGCUGCCCCCAGGCCCCCAGUGUGAGGAGGCGCCGCCCGCCUGCCAGCACUGCUGCUGGCAUGCCCCACCAGCCCUCGGCCUGAGCCCGGCGGCCCCGGCCCCUGUCCCCUGCCACCCUGCACUGCCCCGGCUCCCCCGCAGCCCCCACACUGCAGUGCGGCCGGGCCCCCUCCCCACAGGGGCCGCCCCCGCCUCCUGCGCCUGGUGCUCGGGGCGGCCCGGCCCGCAGGGCCAUGAAACUGCAGGCUGUAAUGGAGACGCUCCUUCAGCGGCAGCAGCGGGCUCGCCAGGAGCUGGAGGCCCGGCAGCCACAGCCGCCGCCUCCUGAGCCCCCUGCCGGCCCUCCUGUCCGCACCAGGACCACUCCAGACGAGGACAGAGAGAGUGCCCGGAUGCAGAGGGCGCAGAUGGCUGCACUGGCUGCCAUGCGGGCUGCUGCCGCGGGCCUCGGACAUGCCCCCAGCCCCAGCGGCUCUGAGGACGGGCCCCCAAGCUCUGAGGAUGAGGACACGGCCCAGGAGGGGGCACCGGGCUCGCCACCCGCAACCUGCCGGGGCAGGGAGGCACCAGGUCACACCCCAGGCGACGGGCCCCUUGAGGAUGUGGGCUCCGACGACGGCCUGAAGCCGAAGUGGGAGGAGGAGGAGGAGGAGGAGCUGGACGAAGAGCUGGGGGACGAAGAGGACGAAGAGGAGGAUGAGGACUACGAGGACGAGGAGGGGCUGGGGCCCCCGGGCACGGCGGGCCUGGGGCCCACAGCCUUCUUCUCCCGCAAAGCCCAGCCGCUCCAGACCUUCCGCAGCGACGGGCCGCGUGCACAGGGUGGCCAGGAGCGCCCAGGGGCUGGCCCAGCCCACCCAGUAGGGGCCACCCACGUGGCGCCCCCGCUGCAGCCGCCUGACCACGGGGACUGGACGUAUGAGGAGCAGUUCAAGCAGCUGUACGAGCUGGACGGGGACCCCAAGAGGAAGGAAUUCCUGGAUGACCUGUUCAGCUUCAUGCAGAAGCGAGGCACGCCCGUGAACCGCAUCCCCAUCAUGGCCAAGCAGGUGCUAGACCUGUUCAUGCUUUACGUGCUGGUGACGGAGAAGGGUGGCCUGGUGGAGGUCAUCAACAAGAAGCUGUGGCGCGAGAUCACCAAGGGCCUCAACCUGCCCACAUCCAUCACCAGCGCCGCCUUCACCCUGCGCACCCAGUACAUGAAAUACCUGUAUCCCUACGAGUGUGAGAAGCGCGGCCUCAGCAACCCCAACGAGCUCCAGGCCGCCAUCGACAGCAACCGCAGGGAGGGCCGGCGCCAGAGCUUCGGGGGCUCCCUGUUCGCCUACUCGCCCGGCGGGGCCCACGGCAUGCUCUCGUCGCCCAAGCUCCCUGUGCCCGCCCUGGGCCUGGCCGCCAGCACCAACGGCAGCUCCAUCGCCCCGGCCCCCAAGAUCAAGAAAGAAGAGGACUCAGCCAUCCCCAUCACAGUACCCAGCCGCCUGCCAGUCUCCCUGGCGGGCCACCCUGUCGUGGCAGCCCAGGCAGCAGCGGUGCAAGCAGCGGCGGCCCAGGCAGCCGUGGCGGCCCAGGCCGCUGCCCUGGAGCAGCUUCGGGAAAAGCUGGAGUCAGGGGAACCUCCUGAGAAGAAGAUGGCCCUGGUGGCCGAUGAGCAGCAACGUCUCAUGCAGCGGGCACUGCAGCAGAACUUCCUGGCCAUGACAGCCCAGCUGCCCAUGAGCAUUCGCAUCAACAGCCAAGCCUCCGAGAGCCGCCAGGACUCGGCUGCAAACUUGAGCAGCACAAAUGGCAGCAACAGUAUUAACAUGUCAGUAGAGAUUAACGGGAUCAUGUACACAGGAGUGCUGUUUGCUCAGCCACCAGCCCCCACGCCACCCUCAGCCCCCAGCAAAGGGGCCAGUAGCGGCAGCCGGGGAGGAAGCAGUGGGACCAGCAGCGUGGGCAGCCAGGCUGGGCCAUCAGGGCCAUCUGCACCCUCCACGUCUUCUACCUCAAAUAACUCAUUGCCUUAACUGCGCCACUCCCCACCCCAGGAGUCCGCCAGACUGGGCAGGGGGUCAAGGUGGGCCAAGCAGGGGCUGGGCUGGCGGAAGAUACGGGUGGGGAGGGGAGCUAUCCACAAAGGAGCCACAGCUAACGCCAAAAAAAAAAAAAAAAAAAAAAAAGAAAAAUAUAUAUACGUAUAUAUAUACAUACAUAUAUAUAUAUAAAGAAAUUUAAUAAACAGGGGAAACCAAGGAACACUUGAAUUACUCAGGUUUCGGACAUUCAGAGAGAUGAAUUGUGAAGACAGCAGAGGAGAUCGUAAAAGAGAGGGAGGCAGAUGUUUCCUAGGGCUUUGCUGCAGCCCUGGUAGACCGACUUGGACUGGUGUCUGGUUUGAACCAGUUGCAAUGUAAGGCCGAUCCUGUUUACCUCAUACAUCCCUGCACUGUGUGUUUUCAUUUUUGUCUGUUUGUUUUCUUUCUUUUUCUAUCCAUCACACACUCACCACACCCAGCUCCUUGUGUUGAAUGAAACCCCUGAGCCAAGAUCAGUUGAAUAUUUUUUUCUUGUUGCUUUUGGGAAGCUUUUUUUUUUU